AUGAUUAAGUUCAGGCACUGGAUAUGCUUUUUGAAGUGCCGGUGUUUACGUACAUCGCAGAGAGUAGAUGAAUCUCUCAUCCGCACAGUUGAAGAGCUUCCACCUCGUCCGUAUUGUGCCAAGGAUGAAAUUAUAGUCACACUAAAAGACAAUAAGAAAGUGUGUCUGGACCCCACACAUAAGUUUACCAAAGCAGUCCUGGCAUCAAUGAAAAAGAAUAGUGGAAAACCAGCUAAAGUCAGAACCACCUCAGCAACGACGACCACAACUACAGCUGCGACUUCACUGUCAACAUCGUCAUAAUGACAUUUUUUAAUUUUUUUUAUUGUCAUCAAUGCAGAGAACUGAAAUGAGUGAAGAUGAAUAAAGGUAGCUAUUGUGACAAAACAGAAAUAAAUAUUCAGCUAAAAUGAGCCUGAGGACGAUUGCUGAUAAUGCUGGACUGAAGAAUCAUGAGAUGUUUUUGGUUGAUUUAAAAUAAUAAUAAUUGCUUUCAGUUAUUGUGAUUUAUAGACUCAGUAAUGCUUUAAU